AUCAUUUCGGAAUCUCCCUCGGCGCGAUGUGUGCGCUUCGAAUCUCUCUGCUUUCGGGUUGUUUUUUCAUCAUUUUUUCUCUGCCAGCCACAAGAGGAGAACCCAUGAAAAUCAGGAAACAUGUUGUGGAUGGAAGCUCUAAGUUACCUAAUGCAGAAAAUGACAGGUAUCAACUAACGGGGAGAGAUGAGCAAGACAUUGUGAAGCUUAUUCAGAAAGAUGGAUAUAUGCUUUAUGAGAAAAUACAGCAUGAUAAGAACAAGUUGUUACCUAGAUGCCGCCGUGCUGUAACAGCAUUACCAGAAAGACUGUGGCCCAAUGCUACUGUACCCUUUGUAGUUGGACCCAAUAUCACAGCUGUCAUGCUUGCCACCAUUCACCAGGCUAUGGCACACUGGGAAGAAAGCACCUGUAUCAGGUUUGUGAAGAGAACUACACAGAAAGACUACAUUGAGUUCGCUCCGGGAAGCUGUGGCUGUUGUUCAUUUGUUGGUCGCCGUGGUAAUGGUCGCCAGUACGUUACGCUGUCUCCACACUGCACAUAUUAUGGUGUUGUUAUUCAUGAGUUAGGUCAUGUGAUUGGAUUUUGGCAUGAACACAGCAGACCAGACCGUGACCAGUACAUCACUAUUGUCAAGGACAACAUUGAAAUUUCUAAACAGGACAACUUUCAGAAGAAAUCCAUCUUUGAAAUUGACUCACUUGGACAGCCGUAUGAUUACUACUCUAUCAUGCACUACAAGGAGGCAAAACCAGACCGUGACCAGUACAUCACUAUUGUCAAGGACAACAUUGAAAUUUCUAAACAGGACAACUUUCAGAAGAAAUCCAUCUUUGAAAUUGACUCACUUGGACAGCCGUAUGAUUACUACUCUAUCAUGCACUACAAGGAGAAAACAUUUAGCAAAAAUGGCAAGGUCACCAUAGAAACUAUUCAGCCAAAUAUCCAGAUUGGCCAGAGAGUGGCUCUCAGUCCUGGGGAUAUAAUGCAGGCCUCACUACUGUAUAAUUGCCCAAGGCCCUCCUGUGACAAAGUAUUCAAUACAAGCUAUGGCAAGUUCUCCACACCAAAUUAUCCCAUCAAGUAUUAUAAAGAUCAUCAGUGUACAUGGGUUAUACAUUCAAUACCAGGUCACAUAGUCCACCUUGAGUUCAGUUCUUUCUCCUUGGAGACCUCUAUGAACUGUACAUUUGACUACAUAGAGGUUAGGGAAGGCACUAGUGAGCACGGCGCCCUGAUUGGCCGGCUGUGUGGAGAGGGCAGCACUGGUAUUAUCCACUCAUCUGUUGGUCUGUGGAUCAGGUUCCACAGCGAUGCCACAGUGUCUCUGAAAGGAAUGGAAGCCGAGUUCAGGUUGAUUAAAUCCCUGGAGCAAGCAGACACAGGAAGUGGGGAUGGGUCUGGCGGCCAUUUUGAAGAAUUACAGCGGUCUCUCUAUAUUGCAGACUGUGACCAAGAUCUGACCCAUCACCGUGGCGGCGUGUCAUCUCCGCUGGUUCCCGUGAGGUUCACUGGGGUGGUGCGCUGUGCUUGGAGGAUAGGCGGAGGUGCUAAUGCCACUAGAGUGAAGGUGUCUUUGUUACGUCGCACUCUCAGUAAGACAUCUAGAUGUCUGGGGAACAUAUACGUGCUGACAGAGAACAGUAAACAGAGAACUGGGGAGUUUGACAGGUACAAGAGAGUCCGCUAUAACUGUGCCAACACCUCCAGUUUGGUAUUGAACACAUCUAAAGUGGUCAUCCAUUGGUCAAGUGAUGUCCAUGAUGCUGUCCACAUGGCUUACAUUGUAGAUUACGAUGAGUGCGCCGCGCAGUCUCAUAAGUGUGCUCAUGACUGCAUCAACACCAUGUCAGGGUACCACUGUGCCUGCCACCGUGGUUACAUACUGACCAAUGGUCAAGAAUGCCUGCCUAAGCUGGUACAGUUUAGUGACACGUGUAAUAGCACCCUGACCAGUAUUCGAGGCAGAGUGAGAUCUUCCACGGAACCUUAUGGUACAUGUGACUGGUACAUCAAGCAGGAGGCAAAACAGAGAAUUAUGUUCAGUUUUAGCAAGUUUAACAUCCCAUCAUCUGCCAACUGUAGUAACACAUAUGUUGAGGUCCUGGCUGGAGAAGGAAAGGAUUUGACAUCUAAGGGUCGAUAUUGUGGGACAGAGCUGCCGUCAGCCAUUACUACGGUGUCAGGGAAAAUGGUGAUACGGCUGCAUAUGACGCCACAGAAAGGAGUCAGAAUGCCUUAUUUCUCUGCAAGAUAUAUAGUGUAUAAUAAGCAAGAAAGUUUCUGCUACAAACGCCUAACAGGAAAAGGGUUAAUUACUAGCCCCAACUUUCCCAAAACAUACCCCCAUAACUAUGUCUGCAUCUGGAGAAUUACAGUCAAGUCUAAACACAGAAUAAAACUCAAGUUUGACACUAUGGAUAUAGAAAACACAAAGAACUGUGAAUUUGACUAUGUUGAAAUUCAUGACGGUCGCCACAGGAUAUCUCCAUUGCUAGGAAGGUAUUGUGGGAAAAAGAUUCCGAGGAAAAUCUUGUCAACAGGUAGACACCUGUGGCUGAUGUUUAUAACAGACGAAAGUGGAGCAGGGAGAGGGUUUCAGCUUCACUACUCACCAGAAGCCAUUAUGCCAAAUGCUACAGGAAAAAUAAACUAAAACAAAGACAUUGCAGUCAACCCCAGACAACAGUGCUUAAUACUAUGUAAUAUUUAUAACAGACAAAAGUGAGUCUGGGAGAGGAUUUCAGAUUUUCACAUCAAUUGAACCACCAUGUUAAAUACAGGGGAAAUCAUCUUUAAGAGGAGACAUAUUGGUGAUAUCCACUCUGUGACUUAGUGGAUAAAUAUUACCCUCUACCAGGGUGGCAGAUUAUAUAGGGAAAAACGGAAAAAUCCAGACACAGAGCCA